AUGGCAUCAAAACUGGCUCAAUAUCAAAGGCAUCGUAUGGCCGAAAAUUAUUUGGUCAUCUGGGUCGAUGGAAAUAUCGACAUGGCAAAUGAAGAUUGCCAAAAUACAAUGGAACAAUUACGUGCUGUCGUCAAUCAAGUUACUCCAUGUGAGACAGCUGAACAAUGCAUACAACAGCUCACAGAAAAUCAAGAGGAGAUCUCAUUUGUUAUCUCCUCAGGUGCAAUUGGACAACAUUUAGUGCCGGACAUUCAUGAUAUGGCAAAAUUAAAUGCCAUUUUUAUAUUUUGUGGCAAUAAACAACGGCAUCAAAUAUGGGCCCAAAAUUGGGCAAAAAUCAAAGGUAUACAUACCUCAAUACAGCCCAUUUGUGAUGCAUUGAAAAUGGCUGUCAACCAAUGCAACCAAAAUACCAUGUCUAUAAGCAUUAUUGGUGCGAAUGAAGGAGGUUCUACUGAAAAUGUUAAUCAGCUAGAACCUACCUUCAUGUAUUCACAAAUAUUCAAGGAAAUUCUCCUUGAAAUAGAACACAGCGAGCAAGCAAUCAAAGACUUAGUUACAUUUUGCCAAGAAAUAUAUCACGAUAAUGAUAAUGAAAUGAAAAUUAUUGAUGAAUUUCAACGUACAUAUCAAGCAUCAAAAGCUAUUUGGUGGUAUACACCUCUGCCUUCGAAUCAUCCUCAUUUGGCUGGAAGUCAUUUGAAUUUUGCAGCAUGUUACGAAAAAAUGGGUGAUUACACAACAGCUCUUAAAGUCCUUAAAAAUGCUUAUCAAAUUCAGCAAAAAGCUUUUGAAGAAGGUAAUCCAGCUUUUUCUUCUACCUACAGCUGGUUUGGAAGAGUUUAUCGCAAUAUGAAAGAUUAUUCAAAGUCACUUGAUUACUUUGAAAAAUGCCUUGGAAUAGAUAAAAAAACACUACCUGAAAAUCAUCCAUAUUUUGGUAUAUCAUACAGUAAUAUUGGUGAUGUUCAUCGAUUCAUGGGUAAUUAUGAGAAGGCAAUUUCAUUUCAUCAAAAAGCAUUAAAUGUUCAAGAAAAUGUUCAAUGUAAUCCUCUCGAUUGUGCAACGACAUAUAUAAAUUUAGGUGAAACAUAUCGUCAAAUGAAAGAUUAUACAACGGCAUUGACAUAUUUUCAAAAAGGAUUAGAAAUACGUGAAAAUAAACUACCAAAAAAUCAUCCUGAUUUAGCUAUUGUAUAUCAUAAUUUGUCAAAAUUAUAUUCAUCUACUGGACAAUAUAAUAUGGCAAUGAAAAAUGUUCAACAAGCCGUAGAAAUUGCUCAAGAAAAAUUACCUUCAAAUCAUCCUCAUAUAUUGGAAUAUAAAGAAACAUUUGAAAAAAUUCGAAAGAAAAUGUAA